CGAAAAACAAUAUAAGAAAAAUAGUAUAAAAGUUUCGUUAAUCGAACGAUACGAUGCGUAAAGAAAGAAAAAAUAUUUUUUAUUCGAAAAUGUGAUUACGUCAGAAUGUUCGUUUUGAAGCAGGUGCCUAAGUUUAUCGAUGCUUCCCUAUACCAUGACAGAAAUAGCAGACGACAGUGCGCUCGGAUGCGCAGCGAACGACUACGACGACGACGACGACUUCCAUCUGCAAGCAAGUAUUGGAUGUGAUUAACGGAGGUUCAUAAUCGCGUCAUAAUUUAUCGAAACCGCGAGAUUAAUAUACACGAACGACGUAAUCGAUACGAAAAAUGUCUGAGAUAACAGAUUUUGGUCCGAGAAAGACAAUUUUUAUAUUGGCUAUUGUGGCUGGAUGCUUUGCGGUAUUAUGGCCAAAAAUUUUUUAUCCCAUGCUCACAGCUUCUGUCAAUUCGCAUCAUUCGUCUUCUGAUGCGUGCUGUGAAGUAUUAUUCGAAAGCGAUGUUACUGCUUUGGAUAUUAUGCAAGAAAUGUGUCAAAAUAUAUUGAGACAUCAUCAAGUUGAUCCACGAGUGAAAGACGCUUUUAAAACUAGCAAAAUGGCACCACAAAUUGCUAAUUUAUGUAAGGAAGAAGUUUUGGCAAGAUGUGGCAUAGAUUUGUCAACCUUUCUGGCGGAAAAAGAACGUCUUGGAAAAACUUCUAAACAAGUUUUGGAAGAAAUCAGAUCGUUUAAUAGUUCCAUAUGCCUUAAAAUGAAUUUUGGUAUUCCGUUAUCGCAAUUGGGAAUACCACAUCUUAUAAGAUAUCACAUCUUAAUGCCCCAUAUUACUCUAAGACAAGAAAGGCGUACUCCACCUCAUGCAGGAGGUCUUCAUCCAGCAUUAAGGGAACGUGGAAGAACUAUACCUACUUCGCACAUUGUACCGAAAAUAGUAGAAAGACCUAAUCAUGUAAUGCCAAAAAUGAGACCACCAAUGGGAGGUGCUGGUCAUGUAGUACCAGCACCAAAAGGAAAUGGAAGUAUGGGAGUUAUUAUGCCUCUGUAUACAUUAGGCAUUGUCUUGUUCUUUUUGUAUACCAUUGUUAAGGUAUUGAAGAAGAACUCUGAUAAUGAGAUUGUCUCUGAAUAUCCAGGAGCAGCUGCUGAGAAAGAAUUUCGAAAAAUGGUAUUUAAUCCAGAUUUACUUGCUAGCGCGAUGACAGGAGGUACAAUGCAUUAUCAAAAAGAACAAUCCCCAUAUAAACCUGUUCCAACUAUAGAGGAAUUGAACAAUCAAGCGGCAGGAGACAUAGAGAUAGAUCAGCUGAGACGUCGUUUGGACGAGACGGAAGCAGCCAUGGAAAGAAUUGUUGUUCAGAUGGGCAACAUAUCACGUUCAGUAAUGCAUAGCCCAAGCUCACAGCCAGAAAUCAAGGAAGACUUCACUGUCCAGGAAACUUAUAGUAAUGAAGAUCAAGAAGUAGAAAGCAUAGAACAAUCACCUACAGUUAAAGUAAUGGGUAUGGAAAUGACUGCCAGCUGCGAAGGUGGACAAAAAUGUAGUAGACCUACCACCCCCAUAAUACCCCCACCCCAUAGUCACACUGAGAGGGAGAAGACACCACCAGUACCAAUUUAUUUAGAAGGCGCUUUACCUCCACAAUGUGAAUUACUUGUAACAGAUUCGGAAACUCAAGAACAAAAAGCAGAGGAAAGUCCUGAAGCGCCUGUAAUUCUCUCAGGCAAAAUGACACUCUCUCUCAUCAGUCUCGACCAGAUUGCAGCUGAAUCUGAAGAUGAAAAUGAAAUAAUGGAAGAAGCAGAAAGUACUUCCAUUAUAAGAUCAAUGAUUGAAAAUGAACGUGAAGUAAAAGUGCGAACGAUGAGUAAUGAGGAACAAUUGAAUGAUUUAGAGAAAGAAUUACAAUUUAAAACAUAUUUAAAGGUAUACAGCUCUGAUGAAGACGAAGACGAGAAGGAAGAAGAGGAUGAGGAAGAUGAUGAUGAAGAAGAAGAAGAAGAAGAAGAGGAAGAAGAAGAAGAGGAAGAAGAAGAAGAAGAAGAAGAAGAAGAAGAGGAAGAAGAAGAAAAAAAAAUAGAAAUUGAAAAAGAAGAAACGGAGGAACGAAAGGAGGAAGUUGAAGAAGAGAAAGAAGAAGAGGAAGAAAAAAUGGAAAUAGAAAAUAAAGAAGAGAAAGAAAAAGAGGAAGAAGAAGAAGAAGAAGAAGAAAAAAUAGAAAUAGAAAAAGAAGAAGACAAAGAAGUGACAUAUGAUAAAACAAAGAACAAAGAGAUGGAUAAAGAAGGUGAAUAUGAAGAUGAAUAUGAAUAUGAAUAUGAAUAUGAAGAUGAAGAUGAGGAUGAAGAGGAAGAGGAAGAGGAAGAAGAAGAAGAGGAGGAAGAGGAGGAAGAGGAGGAGGGGGAUGAAUAUGAGUAUAAGUAUGAGUAUGAUUAUGAAGAUGAGGAUGAAAAAAAAGCAGACGGAGAAAUGUCGUACUGUCUAGGAGAAUUACUGCCUGAUUCUUGAUCCAUUUAAUAAGGACAUCUUAUGUUCUUAAGUUUAAAUAAAGAAAAAACGACGUUUUAAAGGUAAACAAUGUUUUCCUUAGAAUUAAUCUCUGUUAUGUAAAAAAAAAAUAUCUAUAUCUCACUUAAUCGAUUUACUGUUGUGGUUGUAAAAAUAGAGUUGAAAUAAAUUAAGUUUUUUAUGAUAAAAGAAUGAAUGUAUCAUUACAAGUAAUCACAAGAUGUAAUGUUUAAAAAGGAAAAAGUAAUAAAGAGUUCUCAUUUGUUUCCAAUGAA